AUGGCGACCGAGUACGACCGCACGAUCUUGGAUUUCUAUCAGAUUUCUACGCCAUAUCCUUCAGAAUGGCCCGAUGAAAAGAACAAGGAAGAUUCGGACAACGAGAAGGAGGAUGAUGACGACAAGAAGGAUUACAAGAAGCCUAGGCGGCGCAAGUCGCGAUACCAGGCGCUGGAGAAAGCAGUCAAUGAUCGCAUGAGCAGAAUCAGCUUCAUUCCUGGGUCUGAAAGUACUGGAGGAGUGAGCAAUCUUGUCCAGAAAGAUGAGCCAGACCCUCUUGGAUCCACAGACAGUGUGGUCAGGACGUUGAAGCACAUGGGAUUACCGAUGCAGGAUGACCCCCGGUUACGUAGGUAGAUCCGGCCACAAGGGAGUCUAUCCGAUGAUUGUUAACCAGGUCCCAGGGAACCGAUUCCUGUUGUCUUCGACGACAUUUUCGCCUGCGCUUUUCCUGUCGCAGAUGCAUUCCACCGCUGACACGCAGUCGCUUCUUCGAGGCUUGGAUUUUCUUUCGCACUCCAUCGACCAAAAGUCUGCAUCUCUAAAGGUCCUCGUUGAAUCCAAUUUCGAGCGAUUCGUCAAGGCCAAGGCCACCAUUGAUAACGUCUAUAAAGAAAUGAAAUAUCGGGGCACCGAACCGCCCCAAGCUCAAGGUCGGCAUUCUCGACGUGCUAGCCGGAAUAGCGCAGUUUAUCCCAGCAGUCCCCUGCUUUCACCUACCAAUAUUGCUUCCCGGAAAAAGAAUGCCUUGACAAAAGAGAGUGAAUACGGACUCUUGGGUAUCAAAACCCCACUGCUUGAUGUAUCCGCAAAGGCUGAGGAUGUAUGGGGCCCUGCGUUGGGGGGCAGAGAACAGGAGGAAACCCUCAAGACCAUAUCCUCUCAGCUUGAAGAAUUUAAGGAGUAUGUUGAGCUGAGUUCGGCAAUUUCUGACAGCAUUAAGCGAAAAGACUAUGAAUCUUUGGUGGAGGAAUACAACAAGGCCAGGAAGUUUGCCGAUUCUGCUCGCAAGAUCGCAGACAAUCCGGGCGCUAAACUUGAAGACAAACAACUAUAUCAAGUCAUACUCGCUGCCAGGAUGUGGCACGACGUUGAUCAUCAAAUUCAGUUGCUGAAGAGAGAUGUGUGGAAGAAGCUGACUUCAUUACAUACAACUGCUAAAUCUGAAGGUAUCGCUGGUCGAUUCCACGAGCAGCAUAUGGAUCUCAUCUCACUACUCCUCGAGCUGGGCGUGUCCGAUAACCCUGUUUGGGUUUGGUUAUUAAGUCUUUAUGAUUAUCUCAAAGGGAAGAUUCAAGUUACCACUGAGCGAUCCAAGAUUGAAAUUGAGGUACUUCGAAGGAGACUGGGCGCUGCGGAAAAGCCUACUCCGCAGGCUGUGGCAGCUCACCUCAGAUCUUUGGGCCGCCAGACUACUGAUGAUAAGCCAAAGUCAAGCGAUUCUGUCGAUGUAAUCGAGUUAUGGGACAAGAUGCUGGCGUUCUUGACCAACUUGGUCUCGCCUCAAGGCGUUCUUGGAGAAGUAGUCGAAUUUUGGCAGACAGUUGAGGGCUUUAUCAGUGGAAGGGCCCAGAAGAAUCUCCCGACUGGCUACAAUGGCGAGUCCCGGGUGCAUCAUAAACUCUCUUCUUCAGUCAUUCAAGAUUUGCAAAAGGGUGCAGUGGAGUUAGUUGAGAUGAUACGGGAGCUUCUAGCUGCUUUCUUCAUGGGGCCACCACCAGAGGAUCUGACACUGUUGUUCUCGCCCUCGAGUGCAACAACGCCAAAUCUACCCCCUACUCCCAAAUCAGCAUUGAGCCCAAACGCAUUGACCCCGGGAGCUCUUAGCCCAGGCGCUCUGAGCCCCAGUGUUCACGACCCCCGAUAUAAAGUAGACCCUAACAACCUACCGCCCCCUUCCCCAAAGCGAGGUGAAUCAUGGGAGAAGCUUGCAUUCUGGCCUCCCUGGUCUAAUUCCCUGAGUGGCUCAUGGUACUUGUCAAAGAUGCUUGCGUUGGUCGGCUCUGGGGCGUCCGAUAUGGCCAGCAUUGGCCCUGUAGCUUCUGGAGAUGGCCAAGUAACCGAGAGACUUAAAGCUCUGGUAGGAGGCUCACGGGAACGAUGUGUGGCAGCGCUUUGUGCGGCAUGGAAUCGUGACGCCGAGAACAUCAAAUAUGUCGAAGACUGGCAACGUACUGCCGAGCUUGGUGACGUGACUCGGAUGCCCUCGAGCUUCUCAACCUUCGAGGGGACCUUACUCAUGGGGAUGCAAAAGAUAUUAUAUGUGUCCGAGGCCAUGUCAAAGCCCGGUGCUGGAAACAUUAUAUCCCCUCCCCCAACUAAGCUUCUUCAGAUGGUGCGAGGCCAGUAUGUCACCACAUUGUAUAAAGCCCUCAGCGGCAUGGUAGAGAAUGCAGAAAGGUCUCUGGCAAAGACAGAUGAUGAAUGGCUCACCGACGACUACUGGGCGCCUACAAAGGCCAAUACGGAAAUUACUAGCAGAAGCACGCUUGACUCAAGCGACAGGGUGAGUCCCCUUUCACUCGCUUGGGUAGUCCAAUUUGCUAAUUUGAAACAGAAUAUUCGCAUGCUACUGACCUUGAGCAACCUCCAAGCCCUUCGUUCGCAGGUUGUCCCUGGUCUUAACUCGCAAUUUGAAAAUGCCUUCUCCGUCAAAUUGACCGACGAGUCCAAAACAAUCAAAGAUGUUCUCGGCCAGAUCGAUGCCCGUUUGUUCCAGUCAUACACGAAAAAGGCCAUCGAGAGACUCCGGGAGGUCAUCCAAGCUGGCCUGGCCGAGCCCGACUGGGCCCCGCCCCCAUCUACCAAGCCGGCAACGGCCAAGCCUUACGUUUACGAAGUGCUCCUGACACUCGUCCUGAUCCAUUCAGAGGUCUCCACCGCCGCGGCACCUCUCACGCCCCAGGUCCUUUCCUUCCUUCUCGAGCAAACAUCAACCCAGCUGCUCGAGGCCUUCCGCAAGCGGCCUCGCUACCCCCUAGAGGCUCUCAUGCAGGCCACCCUCGACGUCGAGUUCAUCGCCCAGACAUUGAGCCACUACACAACUGACCGGACGUCCGAGCUCCAGGGUCAGAUCUACCAGGAGCUCGACAGCAGGACGGACAAUGACGCGAGGGCAAAGCUGCAGAGCGAGCUACCCGAGAUGCGACUUGUUCUCAAGAAGCUCAGAGAUGCCAGUAAGAACGAAUUUGCGUGCUUCAAGAGACCAAAGAGGCCUGGUCAAAACAUCAAUAGGACGGAUAG